CUUUGCUCUGUGAACCAUGGCAAACGCCUCUGCAAAGAGAAUAGCAAAUCAGAAUGAAGCUGCGGUGAAGCAGCUGAGGCUUGGCCUUUUCGUGCCGACCCUGAUCUCGCUGGUCUUGCGUUUGUUGUUCAGACGAAGCUCGAUACCCCCCUCCAAAGGCUCUAUUGCGAUUUAUGUUGUCACCUACUUCCCGGCCUUCUUCUUGUCCAACUACCUCAUCAAGAUUGGUUCACCGAACCGUGAUGCCGCUACUGGGGCGCUUAUAUCCUACGGAGAGGACCUCAACCAGCCCGGUGUGACGGAAUGGUGUUUCGAUAUCCUAUACAUCACAUAUGCCUGUCAGGUUGGGAGUGGUGCUUUCGGCGAAUGGUUCUGGUGGUUGUACACGGUGAUUCCUCUAUAUGCGGUCUACAAGCUCUGGACGUCAGUGAUAUCGCCUAUGGUUCUCGGACGAGGGUCAUCCUCCACCCCUCAGCCCGAAGAUGCCCCUGCCCAAAGCGCGACCAGCAAGAGACAGGAAAAGCUUCGCAAGCGUCAAGAGCGCGGCGACCCGCGAGUCAAGAUGCAAACUCGCAAAUGAUUCCACUUUGUCUCUGUCUGUUCCGUUUCCAUUUUCGUCAAAUCUAGACUGCGGCGAUAUUGUACAACAGUAUAUCUAUUCGGUGCAAUAAAUGCAAGGCACGGAUUUCAUCUUC